AUUGUAUUUGUUCAAUGGGUUCUCUUUGGAUUCUCAUUUGCUUUCGGACCACCUGUUAGUCCUGGCUUUGGAUCAUUUGACUGGGCUGUUCUUCGAUUUGGUGAAUUAUAUAAUCCAAAUUAUAGUCCAACUUAUCCUCUUCUAACAUAUUGUGCUUAUCAAGGUACAUUUGCAGUCAUCACACCUGCUCUUAUUUCAGGUGCGAUCGUUGGUCGAAUGAAAAUUAUUCCAUAUAUGAUAUUUAUUUUUAUUUGGUCAACUGUUUGUUAUGAUCCGAUGGCUCAUUGGGUAUGGGGUGAUAAUGGAUGGUUGAAACAUUUAGGUACACUUGACUUUGCUGGUGGAACAGUUGUUCAUAUACUUUCUGGUGUUUCUGGUCUUGUUGCAUCAAUUAUUCUUGGUAAACGACAUGAUUAUGAUCCACGUGGUACCCCAGCUCAUAAUCUUCCAUUUACUAUUUUGGGUACUUGUCUCUUAUGGGUUGGAUGGACUGGUUUCAAUGCUGGUUCAGCUAAUGCAGCAAGUGGUCUUGCUUCACUUGCAUUAAUUAAUACACAUGCAGCAGCUGCUGCAGGACUCAUUACAUGGGUAGUUAUUGAUGCUAUUCGUGGUCACAUCUCAAUUUCAGGUGCUUGUAUUGGUCCUAUCGCUGGUCUGGUAGGCAUAACACCCGCAUGCGGUUUUGUUCAACCUGGAUGGGCAAUAUUAAUUGCUAUAAUUACAACAUGUAUUGUUCAUAGUCUUCUUUUACUCAAAAGAUUUAUGCGUUUUGAUGAUACAUUAGAUGUUGCUCUUAUACAUGGUUGUGGAGGUAUAUCAGGUGCAUUUAUGACUGGAUUAUUUUCACAAAAGUGGGUCAAUGAAAUUAGUGGAGCAGAUGGUGCAUUCUAUGGACGACCAGUUCAGCUGUGGUAUCAGAUUGCAGGAAUUCUAACUGCAAUUGGAUUUGCUGCUGCUUGUACAGCUGGAAUUCUUCUACCAUUACAUUUGAUAAUGGGUAUUCGAUUGGCUAAAGAAGACGAAGU